GGGCGGGGCGCGGCCUGGCGCGCAGGCGCUCUCCUGCUCCGGACAGAAUGGCGGAUGCGGCGCCUCAGCCCAGCAAGAGGAAGCGUGAGCAGCAAGAGGACGCGGAGGCGGCGGAGGCCCCCGGCACAGAGGAGAGGGGAACUGGCGUUGGGAAUGGUACCUCUGCCCGUGUCCACCUACCGUUCUCCGGCUUUAGAGUGCAAAAAGUGCUGAGGGAGUCUGCGCGGGACAAAGUCAUCUUCCUACACGGGAAGGUGAAUGAGGCCUUGAGGGAUGGGGAUGGAGAGGAUGCCAUUGUCAUCCUGGAGAAGACACCAUUUCAGGUAGAGCAGGUGGCCCAGCUCCUGACUGGCAGCCCCGAGCUCCAUUUGCAGUUCUCCAAUGAUAUCUACAGCACGUAUCACCUGUUCCCUCCAAGACAACUGAAUGAUGUGAAGACGACCGUGGUCUACCCUGCAACGGAGAAACACCUGCAGAAGUACUUGCGCCAGGACCUCCGCCUGAUCCAAGAGACAGGAGAGGACUACCGGAAUGUAACCUUACCCCACCUGGAGUCCCAGAGCCUCAGCAUCCAGUGGGUGUAUAACAUUCUUGACAAGAAGGCUGAAGCAGACCGGAUUGUUUUUGAGAACCCGGAUCCCUCUGACGGCUUUGUCCUCAUCCCCGACCUCAAGUGGAACCAACAGCAGCUUGAUGACCUGUACUUGAUCGCCAUCUGCCAUCGCCGGGGCAUCAGAUCACUGCGGGACCUAACUCCAGAGCACCUGCCGCUGCUCAGGAACAUCCUUUGCCAGGGGCAGGAAGCCAUCCGGCAGCGCUACCAGGUGCGGGGAGACCGCCUGCGAGUGUACCUGCACUACCUGCCCUCCUACUACCACCUGCACGUGCACUUCACCGCCCUGGGCUUCGAGGCCCCUGGCUCAGGGGUGGAACGGGCUCACCUGCUGGCCCAGGUGAUCGAGAACCUGGAGUGUGACCCCAGGCACUAUGAGCGGCGCACGCUCACCUUCACCCUCCGGGCCGACGACCCCCUGCUCAAGCUCUUGCAGGAGGCCCAGCGAAGCUGAGUCGGUGUGGGGAGAAGAGCACAGAUUGGUGGAAUUUGGGGAGGGGUGGGGUGGGAAUUUUUUUUAUCUCCAAGUGAGUUUUCUAAGAACGUAUUUGGUACUGGCUUAUUCUCACUCAGUGUGGCUGGCGUGGCCUGGGCAGGCGGGGGUGAGGGCGCAGGGGUGGGCAGAACCAGUGGGAAGGCCUUGAGGAGGGUAGAAAGUCUCGGGGGGCAGCCUCAGCCGCCGAGUGGAGCAGCCCUGGAGGUGCCGAGGGCUUUGUCCAGACCCCUGUGCCCACCGCCCGUGUCGGCGUCCCUGCCCUGGCUCUGCCUCUCCGUUUGCCUCCUUCCUGCCCUGCUGCCACAGCCUCCCUUCCCCCACCUCUCCUUUGAGGAGUUUCCCCCAAAAACCAAACUCAGAACCUUUCAGGAAAUUAUCUGUAGAGCUUUUUGAUGGCACUUCCUCCUCCCCUCCCCAACAUUGAGGUCACGCCUCCCGCCCUGAGUCAGCCUUGUUGAUCAACUUCUUGUUGACGGGGAGAGGGGACUGGUGCCUGGAAGUGGGAGGGUUUUAAUAAGAAUCACAUGAUGCAAGCCCAAAAAGCCUUUGCCUCCGUUAUCUGGUCUGGUCCGAGAGUCCCCGUCCUUGAGUUCUUUAUCUGGGCAGGAAGACAAAACAGACUCACUGGAGCAGCCAGAAAUCAAGUACAAAACAGCGUGUGAGCAAGGCAGCGUGACAGGCUGCAGUCGACGCGGAGCUCUGAGGGGCUCGGGCUCCAGGUGUGAGCAGCACCACGGGCUCACAGGGGCUUGAGACCAGGACGGAGCCUCAGAGUGCCAGGGGCUGGUGACCAGGCAGGGACCCAUCAGGGGCCCAUCUGGGAGGGAUGGCAUCUGCCGCUGCUCCAGCAGAGCUGGGACGUGGCACGCGUGGAAAGCACACAGGUAAACACAAGGCACUCUCUCCACACGGGAGCAGUGCAGAAACGCUCAGGGAAGGCAGGACGCUGGGCUCGUCAGUACAGCAGAAGGAAGCCCUGAGGCAGAGGGGGCGGCUCUUCCUCUGCAUCCCCCGGCC